AUGGCCGGCGAAAACGCGGCGGGGAAUGCUAUCUGUACUAUCUGCUACGAAGAUCUCAAACCGGUGGCUGAGAAUCUGCAAUCGAUCUCCGCUUGUGGUCACGUCUUUCACGAACUAUGUUUGCAGCAAUGGUUUGAGUAUUGUCCGAGCACGAACAAGCGGAAUUGUCCGAUUUGCAAGCAGAAAUGCCUUUUGAAAGAUCCUUUUCGACUUUACUUUCAAUCUUCUGGGAAUCAAAUCGAUUCGAGGAAGAGUGAUGAAAUCGAGGAAGAUCCAGCGAUUUUGAGAGGUGAAGUGAAGCGGCUUGAAGGGAAGAUACAGAAUCUUACUUCGGCUCUGGAGUUUCAGAAAAAGGAGAAUGUUGAAAUCUCCGAUAUGUUGAAUCAACAAAAGGAACAAUUGAAGGAGGAUAAAGUAAAAAGGUGGGAGGCUAUGCAAGAGAUACUAGCAACACAGAAUUUGCUUAAAUUGAAAUCCGAGGAAUGUGUUCAGCUUACUUCCCAGUGCGCUAAGCUACAUGAGAGAACUAUGGCUCUUGCCAAGGAACUUGCAUCGCUUAAAUUGGUUUCUGACCUAAGCUUGGAGGAAGAUGAUGUUCUGAAGCUAGCCUUGUUGGGGAAUAAUGCUAAGACAAAAGAUACAAUAGACACACUAGUCAAGUCCUUGGUUAUCCGAAAUCGGAGUUAUAAGGAGUUGCUAGCAAAGUGUAAUCAACUGGGCAGAGGCGAAGCUCGAUCUUCUGAGAAACUUGAAAAAGCUUUGGAAAAGAUAGAUAAACUAAAGAAGCGAGUGAGGGAAUUUGAGAUUAUAACUGAAGAGAGAGAGAACAGAGCUCUAAGGGAUAUAAAAUUUUCAAAGAGUUGCAGUAGCAGAGAAGUUUCCCAGCCCGAAAAAAACGAGAGCUUGGCUUCUCUCAGAAUGCUUCCAUCGGAUAACACUGUGGAGAUAAUCUCUACACCAGUUGGUAAGUUAGAGAAGAACGAUGGCUUCACCAAUCAUGUAUCAUGUCUAAGGGGAAACGGAGACUCUUUUUUCGUCAAAACAGACUCGGUUAUCGAGGUAGAUGAUGAUGAUGUUCCUGAAACCACCGUUUCUGGCAUCAGACAUUCGGAUUCGAAUAUGAAAGAACAGAAGGGUGAGGAUAAUAAUGUUCAGGAGAAACACUGUAAUCCCAUGAUUAAGGAUAUAAAGUUCAACAUCAGUAAAGACCCGAUAUCAUCAGUCUCGCCUCGCAUCAUUGGUACUUUUGGCUGUGGUGGAGGAGCAAGUCAAAAUCUCAGAAGAUGGAGCAAACAAGGAGAUAGAAACGAAGCAACUUCAACACUAAGAGGUGGUUCUGUUUCAGGCAAGGAUGAUCUGAUCGCUGUUGGACCUGAUGAACACCAAUACAAGCUCAGGAAGUGGUAA